CUUUAAAAGGACGGCAAGUUUAGGCUUAUUCAUCACAUACAGACUUACACAGAGGCUGCCUAAGAUCAUCUGGACUCACCUGGACUCACCUGGACACAAGUCAAAAUGGAGAUGACAUCGUUGAGCUCGCAGCUGAACAAAAGCGUGAAGCGGCAGUUCAUGAGCCUGCCUCAGGGGGACAGGUGCCAGGUGACCUACGUGUGGGUCGACGGCACCGGGGAGGGACUGCGCAGCAAGACCAGGACUCUGCACAAAGAACCCAUGACCAUCCAGGAUAUCCCCGAGUGGAACUUUGACGGCUCCAGCACGUACCAGGCCGAGGGCUCCAACAGCGACAUGUACCUGAUCCCAGUGGCCAUGUUCAGGGACCCCUUCACGCUGGACCCCAACAAGCUGGUGCUGUGCGAGGUGCUCAAGUACAACCGGCUUCCUGCAGAGACAAACCAUCGUGCGCGCUGUAGGAAGAUCAUGGAGCAGGUGAAGGGCGAGGCCAUCUGGUUUGGGAUGGAGCAGGAGUACACUCUCUGCGGGACAGACGGACAUCCCUUUGGCUGGCCCAAGAACGGAUACCCCAAACCCCAGGGUCCAUACUACUGCGGCGUUGGGGCUGACUGUGCGUACGGCCGGGACAUCGUGGAGUGCCAUUACAAAGCCUGUCUGUACGCCGGGGUCAGCAUCUACGGCACCAACGCAGAGGUCAUGCCAUCACAGUGGGAGUUCCAGAUCGGGCCAUGUGAGGGUUUGGACAUGGGGGAUCACUUGUGGAUGGCCCGCUUCCUCCUUCACCGAGUCAGUGAAGAAUUUGGGGUGGUGUCGACCUUUGACCCCAAACCCAUGAAGGGGAACUGGAACGGAGCGGGCUGUCAUACCAACGUCAGCACUUUGUCCAUGAGGAGAGAGGGGGGACUCAAGUUCAUCGAGGAGGCCAUAGAGAAGUUAGCCAAACGCCACGACAAGCACAUCGCCCUGUACGACCCCAACGGAGGCCAAGACAACCAGAGACGCCUGACCGGGCAACACGAGACCUCCAGCAUCUCUGACUUCUCCACGGGGGUGGCUAACCGCGCUGCCAGCAUCCGCAUCCCGCGCCACGUGGGCCAGGAGAAGAUGGGCUACUUCGAGGACCGCAGACCAGCCGCUAACUGUGACCCCUACUCUGUGACCAUGAUCCUGGCUGAGACCAUGCUCAUAGACCCAGAGGAGCAGGACAAGGAGUAUGACUUUGAGAAAGAAUAUAUGUGACAAAGUAAUACACAAUAGUAAGAGUGUGUUACUGCAGAUUUAUUUCCGAGUACUGUGAGUGUGUAGAUGUUUACUAUGAGACUGCGUAUAUUUAUUUGAAUAUUAACAUUAAAUGAAAACUAACUCAGAGGAGCAGGAUAAGGACUACAACUUUCAGAGAGAAUACAUGUUUUACUACGUGUAGUACAUAAUAAUAAGAGUAUGUUACUCUAUGUGUAUUUAAAGAUACUGUGAAUGUGUAUUUGUUUACUGUAAUAUCUUGUACAUGUUGUCUAUUUAAAUAUUAACAUUAAAAAAUGAAAGCUA